AUGAUCAAUCCCUCUUUCAAUUUGAAGAUCUUGAAUUCGUUUCAUGAUACAUUUGUUAGUUAUUCAACUGAAAUGGUGAAGUAUUUGAGUGACUUAGAAGGUGUAGAACAAACUAAUCUUCUUCCAGUCAUUUGGGAAAAAACACUUGAUGCAGCUUUAGCAACUUUAACUACCGUAAACCCGCAAGUGAUAAAGGAACGACGACGUUUCAUUACAGUUACCGUGAAAUUCGAAGAAAUACUUAUACAGAGAUUUCAUACGUUUUGGCUUCUCGUAGAUUUCUUUUGGAAAUUAUCCAACUUACACAAGGAGCAUAAAGAGGUUUGUCAAAUUGGUCACGCAUUUCUCGAAAACAUAUUAUUACAAGAAAAGAAACAAUAUGAUUCCGAUGACAUAAAUGAUGAUACUAUUCAAAGUAAGCGAUUUCUAACAAAUUUGAUUAAAUUGAAUCGAACCAAGCAGAUCACCCAUGAAGAAAUUAUGGAUGAAACGUGUUUGAUGCUUAUAGCGUCGAGCGAAACGGCAGCAGCCACAAUCAACACGAUUUUAACGUUUUUAGGAAUUUACUCAGACAUUCAAGAAAGAGUUUAUCAAGAACUCGUCUCAGUUCUGCCAAACAUGGAAAACAGUCCAACUCAGGAAGAGCUCAAUCGUCUGGACUAUUUAGAACGCGUUAUUAAAGAAACUUUGAGACUAGUUCCCACAGUUCCUUUCAUUUUGCGAUAUGCCGACGAAGACAUUAAAUGCGAUCCUUACGUUUUCCCUGCCGGCUCUAACCUUAUCGUUCCUCUAGUGCUACUACACAAAAAUCCGGACGUGUGGCCUGAGCCGGAAAAAUUUGAUCCAGAUCGGUUUCUCCCCGAUGAAGUUGCGAAAAGACAUCGUUGUUCCUACAUUCCUUUCAGUUUUGGUGUCAGAAACUGUAUAGGUCUAAGAUUUGGAAUGAUGCUGGUAAAAAUAAUGGUUGCGACGAUGCUGAGGAAAUUCGAAGUACGAACUGUCGGUAUGAAAUCAUGGAAGGCGAUCCAGUGGGAAUAUACGGUUGUGCUGAAGGCUAAAAAUAGUCGUUUACGUUUCGAAAAAAGAAAAUUUUGA